AUAAAAUAUACUUAAGGUUAUCCGCAAGAGUAAUUUUAAAUCUCUAAUGUCCUAUAGGGCCUUGGACUGAUGAAGAGGAUCUAAGGGUAAUUGAAUUAGUUUAAGAAUUUGGUCCUUAAAAAUGGACGUAAAUUGCUUAAUAAUUAGAAGGAAGAAUAGGUAAAUAAUGUAGAGAAAGGUUAUAAAUAAAAAGUUAUUGAUAGAUGGCAUAAUCAUUUGAAUCCUUUAAUAAAGAAAACUCCUUGGGAAGAAGAUGAAGAAUGGAUUUUAUUCCUAUAUCAUAAAGCAUUAAGUAUGAUGCUCUAUAAUAGAUUUAGGUAAUAAAUGGGCAGAAAUAGCCAAACAUAUUAAAGGGAGAACAGAUAAUUCUAUCAAGAACCAUUGGAAUAGUGGUAUGAAAAAGAGGAUGUCAGAAUUUUAAAUGAAGUUGAGUUAAAUUAAGUAGAAAUUUUAAAGAGAAGGGUAUUUUACAAACCUUAAAUAAGAAUUUCAAUUUUGAAUGAUUAUGAUCCAUUAUUAAAAAAAGCACUUGAGAUAAUCUUAAUGAAUAAAUAGUAUAAGAGUAUUACUACUGAAUCUUCUGAAAGUGAUGAUGUUUCACAUCCUACCAAAUAAUCUAAGAAGAAUUAACAAAACAAAGAAUUAAUAGAGGUUUAAAGAGAAUAAUUACUUAAAAGAGAAAAUGAUGAGAUUAUAGAAUAAAACUAUGUAAGCAAUCAAGAAUAAGAAUUGAGUAAUAGGUGAUUUUAUUAUUAUAUAAUAUAUAGUGUCAAUUCAUUCUAAUUACUAG